AUGGCCAUGGAGCCGCUCCCACCGACGUCGGCGGAGGGCUUGGACCACCAGCAGCAACAGCGGCAAUUACAGUAUUUUAUGGACCGUGGUCGAGUGCCGCCACUCAAGCGCAAUCCAGAUCGAGUCACCAACGACGUGACCGAUAUCCGCGGCACAAGACCACUGCUCAAGAAUCACAUGUACGUCAACAAGCCGCACUUCUACGAUGCCCACGACAUCAAGGGCUCCACAAGCAUGGAGCUGCACCCGAAGAACUGGCGCGCAGGAAGCGAAGACCGAUUCAAGCAGCUUCCAAUCGAGGGCACCACCUCUCGACCGGCAGGUUUUCGAACGGAGCGUGUUGUAAAUCCACUACAGCCAAACUACAAACUCCCGUCCUUCACGAAAGCGCCACCGAUUGAGCCAAAGUUUCUGCGGGACAGCUACAACGUGUCCGACAUCGAAGGCACGUCGAUUAAGGUUCGCGAUAUCCAACAUCCUCGAGACGGCCUGAAGUUGGACGAUAUUGCAGGUGCUCAAGCAGGUUGGUUACCUCGUCAUAAGCGAGGACUGCGUGAACACCCACCACGGGACAUUCUGAACGUGCAGGACAUCACCAACGUAGACUUCAAAUCCAGUCGAGUCACAAACGUAUUAAACCCCGUUUACACUGUCAACGGCAUGACCGUGAGCGAUGACCCGCUGUCCCAGCCACUAAAACAACAUCCCAAGCGAGAUAAACCUAGCUACGCGUUGAAGACAGACGAUAUCGAAGGUGCAAGCUGCACAGACCCUGCCACUGCAGUCGUGGCAGGCAUCGUCAUGGCACAUAGACGCAACUACCGGGACACUAACAUCACCUCCGACAUUUCGGGUGCCAAGGCAGACACACUGGUGCACAGUAUCCGAUCUACACGACGUGUUGAUCCCAACGCGCCGCAGUAUUCAGCACUGGACGGGUCGCGUGUGGACUCUAGUGCAAUUUCCGUUGGCAAAUCCAUCGUUUUUGCUGAUCUUGUGCAUGAACACGAAGAGCUCGAGGCUGCUUACAAGCGUAAACAUACUGAGGUCAAGCCGUAUGUUGUCAGUGGCGUCGGCAACGUUGGUCUUGUGGGCUCAGCUAACAGAAACCGAGAGAAGAGACCUCCAAGCUCGAAGCAAACCAACGAGAAACCUCCUAGCACUGCACCUGUAAACGCCGCAAAGACGAAGACGGAUCUGACUCCUACUAUCACAGGUGGUACCAAGACCUCUACUCAGGCUUUAAAGCCUUCGUCAGCACCUGGACGAGCGAAUACUGGGAGGACUCGAAACGAGUGGAAGCAGGAAGAAGCGAGACGAGAGGAGAUCCAGCUAGUUCGCGAGCUCAGCUAAGACACUGCAAAUACAUUAAUCCGCAUUGAGAGUCA